CGGAUCCCAACCGGGCGAUCAUAAUACGCCUCGGUGUUAUGUUCCGUCCACUCAGGCCCGUGGAUCUUUGUGCUUUGUCGUGUGUGCGCCAAAUCGUUCCAUCUUGCAGUCAGGCCCAGCUAGUUCGAUGUGUCGCACGUAUGCUGACGAUGCGAGAUUGUUGAGGCAAACCAAUCUACGGACGAAUGCUAAAUGAGAGCGAGAAUCCGUCGCAGCGUGUCGCGCGUAGAUGCGACGCGAUAUGACGUGAUAAUAUUACUCUGACUAGCUCUGCUGAUUGUCCGUGUAUAGAAUUUCACGGGGAGUUUGUACUCGGUUACCUCGCGUCGGUUGCUGCUCAUUGUGCUUCCGUCGCGACCAAGGAAGCACCGUUGUCGCCGAGCUGCCACUGUAAUGCGUCUGGUCCAUAUGGGUCUCGACGAACUGGUUCACUGGUAUCAAAAGAAGAUUGGAACGUACGACAAGCAGCAAUGGGAGAGAACCAUAGAGCAGCAUAUUCUUGAUGGGUUUACGCAUGUUCCGAUGAGAACAACGAAGCUUAAAACUGAACUGAUUGACGUGGACCUCGUUCGUGGAUCUUCAUUUCCAAAAGCCAAGCCGAAGCAUGGCUUGUUGACAGUAGCUUGCCUAGCGUUUCAGCGACUCCUGUUCCUCCCAUUGUACAAAAAAUGGUGGAUACAGCAAACGAGUUAUCGCAUUUUUGUGCUUUUCUUGUUACUGUACAGCUUGCAGGCGAUCAACAUCUUCCUGUAUUACGUUUACGCAAGCAGGGAAAAUGAGGCAGAAAUUGUGUCAAUGUCAGAAGUAUUAGUACCUGUUGUCAUGAUGUUUGUCCUGUGCAUUGUUCAUUCCCAUAUUGUCUCGACACACUCGGGUCCUACUAUGACGUACAAUCAAUCCAGGCAACGAAUAACGAGACGCUCCCGACACAUUAGGUGCAGAAAUGGGAAAUCGAGGCCUAGGCAGAAUUUACGUGUACAUAAGGAUUCGAAACCCUCUCAAGACAUGACUUCUGAGAAAGCGAGUACAGGAAGCGAAGAAGUGUUCACCGCGGUAAGAUUCGCUAAGAAAGUCGUGAUCCAGAAUUCCUCGACCGUCAGCCAAUCUCAGGAACCUGCGAGUGCUCAAGUAGUAUAUGACAAAGAAUCGAUAAGUACAACUGGAGAAAAUUCUGACCCCUCGAAUGAAAGUUUAGCUAAUCGCGAACAGGAAGAUGAUGUGCCGGAGGAACAUGCAGCAAAUGUACAUCAGGACGACGAUGGUUUUGAGAGUCUAAAUGGCAAUGUUUCAAGUGAUAAUGACAAAGUGAUAGGCCGUGCACUGGUGCAAAGAAAUAAAUCACAGCUGGGUCUGGCACAGCAGAAUAAAGAUCACAUGUCGUGGUCGGAGGACAGCACUGGUCAGCAAAUCUCAUCAAAGAACUCAGCACCUGACCCAUUAAAAAAUGAUGACAAUUUUAUGGAUAGCAAAAGCAACAUUCACGGCAAUAUUAAGGAUAAAGAUACGUCAUCAAAAAUAUUGGGAUCAAGAGACACGCGGCAGCAGUGCGAGAGCGAAGAGGAAGGCGAGUGUGAGGAAGCUACGACGCAUCAUCUGACGGAGGCAACGACUUCCGCCACGGAAUGGAUGGGAGUAACGACCAACAGUGACGAGUGUAGUUACAGCUCAGAACUUGGGGAAUCUGAUUUAGCCAGCGAGACUAAUCUUAAUUACGGAGAAUUCGUGGAGCAUCCUUUCUCAUGGGAAUUUGAGUUACCACCCUCAAUAUUAUUUAAUUCCACCUGCACAUCGUCUGAUCGUGUCUCGUGUACGAUUUGGACGCGGCGUGACGUCAAAAAGGCUGAAUUGUCAGUGCUCGAUAUCAGUUCAGCGAUUAUCGCCAGAGUCGAAUCCAUGCCAGAGGGCAUGAAUUAUUUUUACGGCGGUCUGAUACUUGGCAUCGCGUUGUGUCUAAUACCGUCAAUAAAACGGCUGAGUGACCACAUAGGUUCAGAUAAUAUCGGUAACGCGUCUGUUAGUCUACUACCGAGCGACAUGAUCCAGGUGAACUUCGAAACGUACACCGAUGUUUUGUGUAGAACAAUUGGCAUAGCAUUUGGAAGUGCAUUUUGGGAACGAAUAGUCGUGCUAAUUUCAAUGUUCGAACGAUUUAUGCUGUCAUGCUGUCUAUUUUUCUUGCUGGCAGUAGCGGAACGAACGUAUAAGCAGAGACUUUUGUAUGCAAAAUUGUUUUCUCACUUGACAUCGUCCAGACGCGCGCGCAAGUCUGACUUGCCGCACUUCCGCUUGAACAAAGUGCGCAACAUAAAGACAUGGCUGAGCGUCAGAUCUUAUUUGAAACGAAGAGGCCCACAACGAUCUGUAGACAUAAUUGUUUCAGCAGUAUUCAUUAUUACAUUAUUACUGCUGUCAUUCGUAAGUUUGGAAUUAAUUAAAGAUCUCGAAAGCCUGCAUUCACGAUACAAUGUCGAAGCAUUAUUCUGGAGCUUCUCGCUUGGAAUAUUUAUAUUACGAUUUAUGACGCUAGGAACGAAGAUCAACAAAAAGUACAGAAAUCUCUCAAUUUUGAUAACUGAACAGAUCAAUUUAUAUUUGCAAAUUGAGCAAAAGCCGCACAAGAAAGAGGAGCUUAUGGUUGCAAAUAGCGUAUUGAAAUUGGCGGCUGAUUUGAUAAAGGAAUUGGAGAGUCCGUUUAAAAUCUCUGGGCUGUCGGCUAAUCCGUAUCUAUACACUAUUACUAAAGUGGUGCUACUGUCAGCGCUCUCAGGAGUGCUUUCGGAAUUGCUUGGUUUCAAGCUGAAACUACACAAGAUAAAAAUCAAAUAAAACAACACGAGAGGAUGCGUACGGAAGAUUUACGCGUGUCCGUCUGUCAAUCUCAGAUUGUUUACUGGACUUAAACUUAAUCUGUCCUCAGCGAAAAUUACUUGGCUUAAUUAUACUUAAGUUAACAUUAGGUGCUUUAGCUUGUUAAACUUCGAGACUGUAAGUAGCAAAACCUUAUUUAGCUAGUCAAAUCAAUGACAAUUUAAUCUAAUACUCAAUAUAUUCAAAAUUUAAAGAAAUACGUAAUUAUGUAACAGAAAUUAUAGUGAAAUUUUUAUUUAUGAACGAAGUUCGUUUCAAAUUUGUCAGAGAAUUUGGGGGGGGGGAAAAGUAUAUGAAUCUAGCUCUUCGAUACGCGACUCUUUCAUUCGUGUAGGAAGAAUGUUGAUAUUAAUAGAUUAACGAAUGUAUUUCAUCAAACUGAUUUUGUGGCCGACUAAUUUAGCGAUGGAAAAAAUUAUGGAAGUGAAUCAAUAAUUAUUCAAAUGUUUAUAAAACUUCUUAGAACGCACGUAUAUCUUUUAUAACGUAGUGACUUUGCUUUUUAAUACACUUGAUAUAGUGUUCCACUUGUGCAUUGAAAAAUAUGGAAAUAUGAUACGACUGCAAAUUUCCCCUAUUGUUUUUCAAAUGUAUUCUGGAUUAUUGUUGAUUCAUCUCAUGCAUAGAGUCAACCAAUCAUUCAACGCACACAUUUGACAAAGACAUACAUUGUAUGCUGUAGAACAUGGCAUUAACCUUUUUUUUUUGCUGAGUUAUUGCACAUUAUUACUUUAUCACUGUUAGUCUAUUGUAUUUAAUACCAAACACCAUUUAAAAAAAUCAUUCUUACACUCACUGAGACGAGUAAAGUGUUUGGAAUCUUUUAAAAGAUGUACAGUGUAAAUAUUAGAAGUGUGUGUAACAACAAUAAGGGCUCGAUAAACUACGUGAGAGAGAGACUUCCCUCAAGAAAGUGCUUUUUUAGUUUUAAAUUAGAACUUUUGAUGUUUUCUGAGUGUUAUAAUAAGAUUUUAUUAUUGUUAUGAAUGAAAGACAUUCUAUUUUGUAUAUUAUCUCGCAUCUAUUUUGCAACUACCGAUUCAAGUGGUAGUAUCUAUAUGAACGGAUGUAUUCGUCGAGCUUCGUUAGUGAUAACGAGUUGAAUUGUCGUAUAUAUUCUAAGGCUAUGUACGAGGAUGAGUCAAUAAUUAUAUGGAGCCCAUUUAUGCAAUUUGUUAAAGCGCCAACAGAGAUUUUUCAACAUAAUCUCCUUGCUUCUCAACUUGGCAUCCCGUAAAUUUACUGGUUUGUCAGCUGCGCGUGUAUCACUAUCAUAUUUUAAUGGAUGACAAAUUGACAGUAAUUCGAGGGAGUGAACGAUCACCGUGUGUAUUUGGUCCAAGUUUAAAGAUUAGAGAUUACCGAUCCGAGGAUAUAAAUCAACUCGUGAAAUGCUAGAUGUCUCAAUAGCAUUUUGAAGAGCAACGGGACUGUAUUAAAAAGUAAUGCAAAUGUAAAUCUCUAUUGAGGCUUUAAUAAAUGUUAAUACAUCCUAAUUAUAUUGAUUCGUUCUCAUGUAAUUGGACAAGUUGCCACAUAUUCUCGCAAAUCUUACGAUGUAUCUGAAAUGUAAUUAUAUGAUUAUAUGAACAUACUUGAAGAUAUAUGUAAAUACCGUAUGUAUUACGAGAUAGAGUAUGUGUUAUGAGAAGGUCAGUACCUGUGCGAGAAUAAGAUCGAACGUAAGUUAUUUUUCAAACACAUUUUGAACUCGUCGCAAAUACACAGGAAAUAAAGGCAACUGUAUGUAUAUGUGAGAA